AUGGUGAAGGAGCGUCUGCCCAGCUGGGUGCAGCAGGACUCUGACGAGGGUCUGGUCCACGUGAACGUCGGCGGGCUGAAGAGGAGCCUCUGCUCCAGCACGCUGAAGAAGUUCCCAGACACCCGACUGGGAAAACUGCUGUCCUGUGACUCUGAGGAGGACAUUCUGCAGGUGUGUGACGACUACGACGUGCAGCAGAAGGAGUUUUAUUUUGAUAGGAACCCGGGUCUGUUCCCGUACGUCCUCCACUUCUACCAGACGGGUAAACUCCACAUCAUGGAGGAGCUGUGUGUCUUCUCCUUCAGUCAGGAGAUCGAGUACUGGGGCAUCAACGAGUUCUUCCUGGACAGUUGCUGCAGCUACCGUUACCACGACCGCAAGCUGGAGAGCAGCCGCCACCGCAGCUGGGACGACGAGAGCGAGGUCAGCAGCGUGGACACGUCGGUGGACGAGAUCUCGGACCUGAACAGGGACAUGCUGCAUUUCCAGGAGGUUCGUUACGGGAACAUCAGGAAGUGUCUGUGGCUGACGCUGGAGAACCCGGGAUACUCCAUCCCCAGCAAGAUCUUCAGCCUGGUCUCCAUCGUGGUGGUGCUCACCUCCAUCGCCACUACCUGCAUCAACAGCAUCCCGGAGUACCAGACACUUGAUGAUGAAGGGAAGGUGUUAGAGGAUCCCACCAUGCAGGCUCUGGAGGUCUUCUGCACCUGCUGGUUCACGUGUGAGGUGGUGUCGCGGCUGCUGCUCGCUCCGAACAGGAGGAAGUUCUUCCAUCAACCUCUGAACAUCAUCGACGUGGUUUCUGUGGCUCCGGUCUACGUCACUCUGCUCUUUGACAUCACUGUGGGAUCGGAGUCUGAACUGGGAGAACUGGGACGACUCAUACAGGUGUUCAGGUUGAUGAGGAUCUUCAGGGUUUUGAAGUUGGCCCGACACUCGACAGGCCUCCGUUCUCUGGGAGCGACUCUCCGGCACAGCUACAGAGAGGUCGGCAUCCUGCUGCUCUAUCUGGCCGUCGGAGUCUCCGUCUUCUCCGGAAUCGCUUACACGGCCGAGUACGAGGAGGACGUGGGUCUGGACACCAUCCCGGCCUGCUGGUGGUGGGGGACGGUCAGCAUGACCACGGUCGGAUACGGGGACGUGGUGCCCGUCACGGUGGCCGGGAAACUGGCGGCCAGCGGCUGCAUUCUGGGCGGCACCCUGGUGGUGGCGCUGCCCAUCACCAUCAUCUUCAACAAGUUCUCCCACUUCUACCGGAGACAGAAAGCUCUGGAGGCGUCGGUGAGGAACAACCACCGCAGGAAGAUGAGGAUGAGCUGCGAGAACGAGCCCGAGGAGGACGAGGAGGACGAGGAGUCGGACGGGGACAGCAGGUGUCUGGACGAGGACGACGAUGACACUGAUGACCUGGAGGAGGACGACGUGGAUUACGAGGACGACGGAGGGGUGAUCAAUUAUAGCUACGUGGAACAUCCGUCCUACUCGUCCAUCCUGAGGAGGAAGGAGCUGCUGGAGGUUCACAUUUAA